CCAGACACGCCAGGAACAGAGGGAGUGAGCGAGUCCGUUCUCGAUUCUCUUAGUUCUCACUCUAGUUGAAAUCUCCAGAGUGGAAGGACGCGGAACUAUCCGCUUGGAAAGCUGUGCCUGGAGAAACUUGAAUAUAUUCUAGUCUCAAGAUGGAAUUGGUCUCUUUUCUGUAACAUUUACUCUUUACAAACAUUUACUACGAUAUUUUUAGAAUUUAUGGACUAUGUAUCUGAACUGAGGAAUUCAAGAGAGAGAGAGUGCGCGCAGUUGGUUUGUGGAGCGGAGAGAGUUUGGUCGUGAACCAACUAAUCAGCUGAUGAUCAGCUGAUUGCUAUGAGAGGAGAACCCCAUCAGCAUGAAGACCUGGAUGAGUCAAGCCGAGGAUAUGAGGAAAGGAGGCAUGGUUGCUCCGAAUCCUAUCUAUUCCGAAAAUCCCCCCUGACAAUCCGAACCAACACUCCUCCUGCUAGGAGUGAUUCUCCCUCCUCUCCUCCCCCAACCUCCUCCAACCUCACUCCUUUACUCACUGCCACUCUUAACGCCCCUAUUGCUUAUCAAAAUACAAUAAGAGUAAAGUCUGAUAUUCCCCCUCAUAUUACAAAAAGUAGUAAACCAGAUGAUAACAAGUGCAAACCUGAUGGUUCAAACAGUCUUUCAAGCUCACAGUCAACUUUCUAUUCCUCCUUGAUCCAUCAGCUGAGACAGAAAACUGGAGAAAAUGGUGUCAAACAUCUCACACCGGCCCAGAAUAUUAAGGUGAAGAAGGAGAAGACGAAACCUCUGGCCUUCAUGUGUCCAGCAUGUAAAAAGAGGUUCCAACGACAGAUUGCUAUGAACGCACAUUUUCAGAACGAACACAUUUCUCCGUCCUCAGGACCUGGAGAGAGAACGUGUAAACUGUGCGGAGGAGUUUCUCCAAGUCUGGCAGCAGUUCGUCAGCAUCUCAAGAUAGUGCACAAAAUCGACCUUGAGAAUCCAACCCAGUGCUUUGAAGAAACCAGGAACCAGGUCGGGGCAAAGUAUUCGGUUUUGGAGGCCUCUCUUAGGUCCGGAUAUCAGGACGAAUCUGAACCGUCCUGCUCCAAUAUAGAUAUGUAUGAGUCUGGUCAAUCCUCUCCUCAGAGUAUCUCUCCUUCUCCUGCCCACACUCCAACUAGCAGCGAGUCCCCGGAGCGAUCUCUCUUCCCGUUGAAACCGGAAGGAUUUUUCCAUCUUGAAGAAGAUGAUCCACAGGUGGAAGAUCUCAGUAUACGUAAACCCGUUCUAACUUCUCCCUUGCCUUCAAAACGAUUCUCUCCAGGACCCAGAUCUCCCCGCCCGGAGUCUCCCAGCGCUAAACCCAGUAAGAAGAUAAAACUCAGGGACGGUUCACCGUCUCCAGCCUUCUCCCAGCCGGCGAGCGUUCCGGUUAGCUCAGGGAGCGGGUUCACUUGUAACCACUGUAACAUUGUGUAUCCCAACCAAACCUUGUACUUUCUCCACCGAGGGUUCCACUCCGAAUCCAAUCCCUGGCGUUGCAACUCCUGCGGACAUAUUUCAAGUGAUCUCUACGAUUUUAACACCCACCUCUUUAGUGUAGCACAUCAGUAGCCACCAGUUUUGCCAUACUUUAAUUAACCAAGAAUAUUAAGCGGAGCUGUUCUCCGUCUUUAAACCGCUUAGAUAUAAUUGCUAUUUCGAGUCAUCAGACACCCUGGGUAUACAGUCAAAGAAUAUGCUCAGGGUCUGAAUUCUACUGAAGCCUACCGACUGCAAGUUAUUUCUCAGUUAUGCAUACUUUAUUAUUUAUUGUAGAUAUAGUCCCUAGGACACAAUACACGUUUCACAAUCUAGUUUUCAGACAAACUUAUUUUUAUAUACUUUAUAUAUUUUAUAUGUAAUUACAAAAAUUUGUGUCCAAAAGUUUUUUAUUGUAAAAUUUUGAAAACGCGCAAAAGAAUGUUAUUAAAUACGCAACUGUU